UCCUUUAUAGAGAUACAAAUUGGAGCAAUCGUACCGAGAAUUAAUCAUCAGGAAAGUGCUAAGUAAGCACCACUUUGUGGCACAAAGCACAAAGUGGUACUUAGCAUUAUUAAAAUGAGAAAUUCUGAAAGAACAUCUUCCGGACUAAAUCACCACGGGGAGGAUUCCCGUAGCUGCGUCUUUCUUUCAACAAAAAUUGAAUACGGAAGAGGCGUGGCUUCGAUCGGCAGGAACCUGUUCGUUCCUGAUCCCUUCUCCGCGCCUCGUUUCGUCGCAACGUGACGUUAGCAGCAAGCGCGUUCGGUUGCUCCUGGUUACUGACGGCCUGUUACUGACGCGUCGCGCACGCGCAGUCGACUGACUGUCUGCGCGCUCUGGCGUCAGAGUCGCGGGACAAUAGCGCGCGCCAUUUUGUCCAGUGCCCAUCGAACGCGUAGCGCGUCGAGUCGCUGUCGCGGGGCUAUUCACUGCGCAAGUGAUCGAGUUGAAGCGAAUAACGCGCGCGCCAACGAACGAACGAACAAACAAAUAAACAAACAAAGCAACCAGCCAGUAAACUGAUGAACGAACGAACGAGCGUUCAACUCAGGACGGGUGUAACAUGUAUUACGUGCCUUCUCGGUUCGUGCCUGUAACAACGACGUCCCGCGCAGCGAGCAAGAGCACCUCCUUGGACGGCUGCGGACAGCUAGGACGACGGAUGUAGCGCAAGGAUGACCGACGCUCAGCGAGCUCUCGAUCUCUGAAACGCAGGUGACGUGAUUGCACCAGGAAGUCCUCGAUUGAUCUCAUCGUCACUGCGGAGAGCAGCGUUCGAAUAGAGGAGCUUUUGCUUGUUUGAAUGCGUGAGAAUGCACACCUCUGGAUCCCUUGCAAACUCUCCUGAAAUUAUCCUGCAAACGACUGAUGUCGACGUUCUGAGAUACGACAUGAUGAAUAUGAAGCUUGAUAUGAAGGAAACGAGUCCGUUCUCAAUCGUCCACAACACAGACGUGAACGAAGUGAUUCUAUCCUCACCUCAGCCGGAGGCUCACAUAUUUACUAACAGCAUGUUGUGCAUCCAAGAAGAGUUAGCUCAGUUAAACGAAAUCGCAGGUAGUCCUGAACAACUGAUCACAGAAUUGCAAUUAUCCAACAGCAAUCACCAUAACCCUGCAAGUAAUUCCAACGACACUGGGACAAAAUGCGCUCCCGGAUCGGAAAGCAUCGAUUCCCAACGAUCGAGUUGGGUGGAGGGUAUAUUAGGGUGCAUGCGUCCUGUUUGGACCAUGUUAUCGAAGGCUGCUAUUAACGAAAAAAUCAAGGCUCACUCAAGUAAAUCGCUGGAUGAAUGGGAGAUACCUUUCGAAGCAAUCACCGAGUUACAAUGGCUCGGAGCUGGGGCUCAGGGUGCAGUAUUCAGCGGAAAGUUAAAUAAGGAAAUUGUAGCCGUGAAGAAAGUAAAGGAACCGAAAGAGACUGAUAUACGACAUUUACGAAAACUUAAUCAUCCAAACAUUGUACAAUUCAGGGGAGUUUGUACACAAGAUCAAUGCUACUGCAUAAUAAUGGAGUAUUGUCCAUUUGGACCAUUGUACGACCUCCUGAGAGCUGGGGAACCGGUUCCUCCUCUUAGAUUGGUGUCAUGGUCAAAACAACUUGCUGCGGGAAUGGCGUACCUUCAUGCCCACAAGAUCAUACACAGAGAUCUGAAAAGCCCAAACGUACUGAUAGGGCAAGGGGAAAUAGUGAAGAUCAGCGACUUUGGCACGAGUAGGCAGUGGAAUGAGAUUAGCACGAAAAUGACUUUCGUCGGCACGGUAGCGUGGAUGGCUCCGGAAGUUAUCAGGAACGAGCCGUGCUCGGAAAAGGUGGACAUAUGGUCGUACGGCGUCGUACUGUGGGAAUUGCUCAGCGGAGAGAUACCUUACAAGGACGUGGACUCUUCAGCCGUUAUGUGGGGGGUGGGCAGCAAUUCUCUUCGUCUACCGAUACCUGCCAAUUGCCAGGGUUAUGGACUAUUGAUCAAGCAAUGUUGGGCGGCCAAACCGCGUAACAGACCAUCCUUCAAGCUCAUCGAGAUGCAUCUGGCGAUUGCAGCUGUUGACGUACUUUCUACGGAUCUCGACGAUUACUUCAAGGCACAGCAAUCUUGGAAGAAGGAAAUACAGGAGCACAUGCAACACAUGCAACGAUUCACUAAAACGAAUUCGCGUUUCGAGGCCGAUCUGAUCCGACGGAGGGAAGAUGAAUUGCGGCACGCCCAGGAUAUCAGGGAACAUUACGAGCGCAAGCUUGAACGCACUAACAACCUAUAUCUGGAACUGAAUGCUGUCCUGCUGCAAUUGGAAUUACGUGAACGAGAUGUGAUAAAGAGAGAACAGCAAUCGGGAUACAAACAAUGCAAGAAGCAUCUCGUCCGUCCCUUACUGAAGGCCCAGGAGAGGCUGUAUCGCAGGCGGAACGGUGGUGCGGUACAAUUCUCCACUUCGUCAACGCCCACCACUCCGCCAUCACCCGCAGAUUCGCCGCAGAGCCCGGUCAAGGCAACUAUGUACACGCAGCUGAACGAGUCCAAUCAACCGGAAACCGUUCUGGCACCGAGCAAUAGUAGUUUCAAGCAACGUAAAUAUAGGCAUCGCAGAGUCGUCGGUUGUGGUCUGAGUUCCAGUCCUAGGUCGAGUCCUCAUCGCGAGAGAAAAAGUAUAGAAGUACCUGCGAGAUUCGUUGAUAAUCAGACGCAAACGGACAUUAUGGGCAUCGGUGAAACAGAUCACAGUCCAAUGGCGAAUGCUUCUUCACUGACGGAGAGAUCCUCUUUGAGUGCUGUCAGCAGACACUCGUUCAGUAAACAAGUGACGGACCUGUACUUAAACGGGAAUCCGAUUUUGCCGGAGACGCACUAUCCAAUGCAAACUAGUUCCUGCUCCAGUCCUGAACCCUUGAACGAGAAUAACGUCAACGGAAACGAAGGGUUGAAGGAUUGCAGCGAUGACGACAAUCUCGAGACACUCGGCAGGAAAGUUAGCGAGAUUAUCAAUGCUAAUCGUCUCGCCUCGAUUGAUAAUGGAAAUGGCAAUGAUGUUAUAAUAUCCCAUAGUAGAAACAAAGACGACUCUGGCAAAUUAUCUGGACAUUACGUGGAACAAUCCGAUAUUAAACGAAUUGCUUCAGACAAUAUCGAUGACCGCGAAGAUGCUUACGAAGAAAGUUGGUCAGAUGAAGAAGGAGAGGAUCCAAGUUACACUUACAACUAUUCUUUGAGACGAAGAAGUAUCGCAAGGAGGCCGAUUGGUCCCGGCUGCAGAUUACGAAGAUCCAAACCAACGAUUGGAAGAAUACAAGGGCCACUAGCGUCUGAUGAGGAAAAUACUUCUGAAUAUUCGCAUCCUCCGUCCAGUCAGACCUCCACUUUAGAGAGUAACCCGGAUGUUCAAAGAGUCCUUCGUAAUAUACAACAUUCGCAAAAAAGGAAGGAGCUAGACGAUGCUUCUGAUACAUCGAGUCAAUCGGAAACGGAUGAAGUUAGUGAAGUUACAAUCGCGUCCCAACCAAUGAGUGGAGCCAUGAAAGUAGAGAGCCAAGUAUAGAUCAUGUAGUAGAUUAGUUCGUAAUGUAAUUUUUAUAUCUGAUUUAUGAACGGUUUAUAGGAUAGAAUUAUUGUAAGUAACAUCCAUCAUUCUUGGAAAUUUAUGUUGAAUAUUGUAUAUUUAUCUAUUCUCAUAUAUAUAUAUAUAUACACAAUUAUUUACGCAUGCAUCCACUAAAAAAAAUAUGUAAUAUUAUUCAAGAAGCAUUAGCAGAUGAAUUGGAAUUUCGAAGCAUUCAUGAUGAAUGUUUAAUCGGUCAUAUAUAUGUAUAUAUAUAUAUAUAAAUUGUGCGGUAAGAAAAAAGCAAGCCAGAUCAAUUUUGCUCAAGUUUAUUUGAAUUAUAUAUGGAAUUCUUUCAUAUAUACACCACCACGUCGUGGAUCUAGAUCUCUAUAUAAUUUUCGUCCAAUGAAUCUACACAUAUAUCAUAUAUAAUAUCGCUUGGAAAAUUUUUAUUUAUGUUAAUGUAGUCGCAGAGAUGUAGCGGUUACAUCAUCACUCAGAAUCAUCUUACGUACAGCGAGCAUUCGUGCUCCGGAUGAAGAAUCACGUAUUUAUUUCUCUCAUGGCAUCUCAUAUUUUCAUAUCUACAGUUCCUUUCAUAUACAUAUAUAUUAUAUUUCAUAUGUAUGUCACUUAAUAAGUCAUCAGUGUAGCUUCGAACUGUGUAGGUCCUAGAUUAUGUCCUAGAAAUAAGUUUUGUACGUUAAAAUUAAAAGCAAAUGACGACUUUUUAGAUUCAUAUAUUUUCCUGCUUACGUACGCAGUUUUUCUUUUUUGUUUUUGAACGAAAUAGAAAGGCAGCUAUAAAUAAAUAGCAGCUGUGAAAACGCAUCUGGCUAUACAAAUAAUAUUACGUAAACGCACAUUACAAAAUUUAAACGCAAAUUGCGUGCGUUUUCUUGGGAAAAAAAGUACGGUUAAACUAAAUGUCUCUCAAAUAGAAAUUAUGUACAACAUAAAAAUAAGAAAUUAAACGAAUUUUAUUAUGACAUAAAGUGCCUAUGGCAAUUUGCAUGCAAUGAUCCAAGUGUCUAGUAAAACUUAGGGAAAUCGAUGAAACAAUAAUCUACGCAAUUUAGUCUUUGAAGCAUGUAUUGAAAGAUGUUGUACCUGUGCGAUUUUAUAUUUGCAAUUAAUACGAAGACAGUUAGGUACGAAACGAGAAACGGCAGAGAAAUAUGUAAAAUUCCCACUCCCUGAGAGAGAGUCUCUUUAUAGCAGAAGAAUAGUUCUAUCAUUACAUGUAUCUUCCGGGAUAUAUGCUUACACGUAAGGAGUGUAAUAUUUUUUUUACUUCACAGCCAGCACAAGAGUCAAGAGUCAGAUAAGUUACAGCGACGAUGUACUUAUUGAUUUCAGAGCCUAAGCAUUUAUACAUAUAUAUAUAUACACACACACAUAUAUAUAUAUACACAUAUAUAUCAUUUAAGAGCGAAUUGUAUUGCGAUAUAGGUGAAACGUGCUGCAGGUUACGCGAGUUUCAAAACGAAGCUCGACAAUAGCAUCGGAUUGCACACGAGCCUCAUACUCAUUCCGUGAACCACUGGAUACUAUUACUAAAUAAAUUAUCGUAAGCUUUAUUUCUCUCUAUCUCUCUCUCUGCUCACAUGCAUGCAUGUCUACAAAUUAUAUUACUUUUACUCAAUUACCGGAUUAAAGGAACGAUGUUUUGCAUCCAUCUAUUGUACCUGCUUUGAAACUCAAAUUGCCUUAAUGACAAUUAUAUACAUCUGUAUUUUGUAAAUAUAGACAAUACGAGGGAAAUCUAGCGAGUAAGAAUGAGAAUAGAAUAACGAUUUUGAUGUGCUCAUUUGAACGAAGUAAUUUAUAAGAUAUAUAUAUAUAUAUAUAUAGAUAUAUAUAUUAUAUAGAGAGAACUUUGUAGUAAUCAUACGUAUUGUAUCCAUCAUACUUAUGCGAGUAGUUGCAUAAAUUGUUCCUUUUUGCGCAGUGGCAGCUAAAACUGACUAGUUCUAUUAUUAUAUAAUAAUAGAAGCAGUACACAAAAUUUGUGUUACACGUGAAAUAAAGUUGAUUUACACGA